UCCAUCUUAUCCAUAACAAUACCAGUUCUAUAAGAAACUGCGGAGAUCAAAGACAGCUCUAUAUAACACUCAACCAUGGAUUUCAAUCCCAAGAUAGGCAUUGUCCACAACGAAGGCUGUGGCCUUCACUACUGGUAUCAAGGAUCCGGCCCUCUUAUCAUAUUCAUUCCCGGUGGAAACGGCCAUGGGAGACAGUUCAACAACAUAAUAGCCGCUCUGUCAGACCGCUUCACCUGCGCUACGUUUGAUCGUCGUCAAAUGUCAGCAAGCCAAGUCCCCGUUAACAAGCGCCUGAGUCCUCCCCAACAAGCUCGAGAUAUUCGAGCAGUCAUCAAAGCUGUUGGCUUCGAUAAAGCUAUUCUUUUUGGCAGCAGUUCCGGUGGUACUUUUGCAUUCCAAUUCGCCCAUGACUUUCCCGAAAUGGUCGUUCAUUUGAUUGCUCAUGAAGCCGGCCUUUCAAUGCUUCUUCCGGAUGCAACACAGAUAACGGAAUGGAUGUACGGUCUUCUACACACUUUCGAAACACAAGGCCAAGAUGCGGCUGCUGAACAGUUUGCGAAAUGUCUCAUUGGUUAUGAUGCUGAGGGUAUUCCAAAGCCAGCAGCGCCUGAAGCAAGCAACCCGAAGAACUUUUGGGAAUACGAAUGGGCACCGUUGAUUGGAUACUGCCCCAAUUUGUUUCGCAUAAAGGAACAUGGUGUUAGUGUAGGUGUUAUGAGGGGUGUACGAUGUAAAGAUGCUUUCUACGCCCGGGCUAUUGAGGAGCAGGCGAAGAUUCUGGAAUGUCCUAGGAUGACGGUGCCAGGACAUCACGAAGGGUUUCAGUGUGAGACAGAAGAGUUUGUCCCGUCACUUUUGGAGAUGCUCGAUAUUUUGGAGAAGAGGAAAUAGUCGCAUGUUCCUCGAAGCCUUGAGAUUCAAUGGGUUGCUACUUUUAUUCAGCUGGCCAUGUACGGGAAGAAGCAACAUCAACCGCAC